GUUGAGGGAACCUUCGCUGAAGUUUGAAAUUUCCGUCGGAAAAUUUUUCUAAAUUAAACCAUUUUGCAUGGUGUUCCAUCGAAAAUUCUUGUGCAAAACUUAUUUGUGUUUGAUAAGAGAAGAAAUUGUAUCGAUUAAAGUGUGAGAAGUUACAGUGAAGAAAAGAGUGGGAAAAAUAUUUUCAAACUUGAAAUGUCUGACGUUUGGUAAAAAGAAAAAUGGUGGGCGCCUGAAUGUUUUCAAUAGACACUUCAAAGUAGCGCUGGAUGUAGAAUCGCAGUUGAUUCUAAGUGUAACAUUCGAACAAGAAUUGAAACAUGGCCAACAUAGUGACAACUUCAAGUUUAAGCUCCACCGUUCUCUCACCAACCGAGAUUAAUAUUGAAGACUUGAUCUCAGUCAGCGGCAUAAACGAUUCACCAACAGAAGAAACAGCUAUAAAAUCUGCAUCUGAUUCAUCGCUUCCUAGGAAGAACACUGAUGAAGCUUCUACCUCAGCAGAAUCCCCAUCGACAUCUAUUCCAACAUCUUCAGAUUUAGAACAAUUACCUCAACAAAAGGUUGUGAGUUUAGCAAAAAUUAUUCCGAAACAAACUGCAACUUCGACCAUCUCUAAAAUACCGACAACUGUGACUGCAUCAAAUUCCGGGCAAGUUGUCAUAAUACAAGGUCCUUCUGGACCAUUACCCGUUCGUAUCGCUGGUUCCUCUGCAGCAUCGAACAAAGUAGGAGUGACUGUUUCAUCUUCACUUAAUCCCACUGGUACGAUGGUUAACGCGAAAACUACUGUUACAUCGCCAAAAGAUAGCCCUACAACCAAAAGUCAACCUGUUACAAUCCAGGUACUGAAAAUGCCCGAUGGUAGUUUAGUCCCCAUCAAAAAUAACAAAGCAUUGAACUUGACGAAUCUAUCAAAUAUUUCACAAUUAAAUGUCGGCUCAGGAAGGCCGGUUAUUGUAAAAACCUCCAACGGUUCGAAAACGGUUAUUGGCGCGCAAACGAAAAUUUCCCCGGGCGCUCCAGUGUUAAAAUCUUUGACGCUGGCAGAAGCACAGAAAGCUGGUUUCAUAAAACCCAAAUCUCUCGAUCUACCGUCUAUGAAUAAACUACAGAAAAUUUUACCUUCUCCAUCGCCAACCACACCGACGGCUCCGUCUAUUACGUCUACAACGACUACUUCGACUGCUUCAACGAAGGAGAUUACCAUAAAAUCAGAGACUGAUGGAUCAACAAAACAGAUUGUGGUUCCUCAGCAUAUGUUGAAAUUACAGUCAUCUGGAGCCAUACAAGCUAUCCAGAUACCUGGUAAACCUGGAUUGCAAUAUGUGCGAGUGUUAUCUAAUACAGCGGCAUCCACAGCCAAGACUGUGAGUGCUGCUGUUAAAAAAGAGUCAAGCCCGACAAAAUCGCAACCGCCACAAAGAGUGGUUAUAAAUUCGAGUGGAAAGCCAUCUGUAUCUAUCGUCAGUUCAAAUAAAGAGUCGACAUCAACAACUACCAAGGGGAAUGUGCGUGUGAUAUCCACCGUUCCAACUCUCCGUAAAAUUCAGGAUCCAUCGGUAACCAAGCUAAUUUCGACUCCGCAAACUGACAGCGAGGCUACCGCCAGCACUACGCAGCUACAAAUUAGGAAAGUGAAUCACACAAAUUUAAAUAACAACAACAGCGAACCGAAACUCCUUAAUGCACAAAUCGCUAGCGGUACAUAUGGCAAGAGUUCAGCAUCAUCUCAUCAGGUGGUCCGAAAAAUUGUGCCAGCUGAACAAAGAACUUCCACUUCAACAUCUGAUGAACCUCCACGAACCAAGCAAUAUAGUACUUUGAAAAGUCCACCUCUGCAGAUGAGUCUGAAAACUUCACCAGAAUUCACGGAAGAGCAAAUUUCGAUGUUAUUCGGGAAACGAUCUCCAACUCCGGAAGCACUGCGACGGAAACAUUGCAAUUGUACGAAAUCGCAAUGUUUGAAGUUAUACUGUGAUUGCUUUGCAAACGGUGAAUUUUGUCAGGACUGUAACUGCAAGGAGUGCUACAAUAAUUUAGAAUAUGAAGACGAGCGACAGAAGGCUAUUAAAAUUUGUUUGGAGAGGAAUCCGAAUGCGUUCAAGCCGAAAAUUACGAAGGCUAAGGACCAAAGUGAUUUGCGGCUCCAUAAUAAAGGGUGCAAUUGCAAACGUUCGGGCUGCUUGAAAAACUAUUGUGAAUGCUACGAAGCGAAAAUUGCCUGUUCGUCGAAUUGUAAAUGCUUUGGUUGCCGAAAUGUUGAAGACCGUUCAGAACGUGAUCGCUUUGAGGAUCCCCAAGGGCAGACUGUCCAACCAACAGAACGGACUAGAGCUCCAAAGCGGCCACACGACGAAGUCCUGGAAAGACCUUCCAUGAGUUCGGCAUCGAGUUCACUUCGACUUCAGGAUGGACAACCUCCAAAUAAGCAACCAUACAAUUUCAUCACACAGGAUGUUGUUGACGCAACAAUUCAGUGCAUGAUCGCGCAAGUGGAUGAAUGCAAGAAGAACGGAAUGAGCAAUAAAAUUACCGAACGAAUGAUAAUUGAAGAACUAGGUCGAUGUCUUGUGGAAAUCAUAGAUUUUUCCAUUCGAAAUAUGGAUAACUAAUAAUUUUUUCCAGAAGCUUCUAUUUAAAGUUAAUUUUAGUUUAUAUAGUUUACAAAAUAAUUGAAAGACAGUCAACGCGAUUCAGACAAACGCCAUAAAAGUUUGAAACUUUUACCUUAUAAAAUCAGGUUUUGUCACUUCAUUUGUCUUAUAUGCGCGGCUGUGCAGUGGGGAAUCAGAGGUGGCAAUACAAUAUUAUCAAAUAUAUUUAAAAAGAUAUUAUUUAUGUAUAUAUUACGAAUCCGAAUGUCAUUCGGACAAUAUUCAUUAUUCAAUAACAAUUCGCAUAUAAAUUUCGGCAGAUUUUUCAACGGACGUGACGAUAACUAAAAUCUUGAUUUUUUGCAUUGCACGUCAACAAAAGAUGUGGAUUAUUCAAAUUUGCAGAAGUGGCAGUAUUUUAUUCUAAUUUAAAAUGAUCUCUGUACGUUGUUCUAAUGAAGAUAAUCGUUUCUGCCACAUUUUUGGUUCUUCUAAUGAUUUUGAUUCGUCUUAUGUGAAGUAGUCUUACUUGAUCUUGAAUGCAAUUCACUAAAGUGACUCACCUAUUUUAACGAUGUAUUAUAUAUGAAGUGUUUAGUUUUAAUUAUUAGUAAAAAUAAACAUUAGAAUGUGUUGUACUA